AUGAGACUCGGAGAAGAGGAUGAACCUUCCACUUCUCGCAAUUAUAUGCCUUAUGUAGCCGCAGAUAGGAAAGAUGGCUUAUUUGGAUAUGACAAGAAUAUAGUUAUUCCUCCUCCUUGGUCAAAGAAACGAUAUAGUUUAUGCAUUGAAGGUCUUCACGAGGAAAUUUUGGACGUUUAUAAUUGGCUCAAACCUUCGACAUUAGAGAAAGCUAUUAGAUAUAAAGUAUUUGAGAGAGUCCAAGAAACAAUCAAAGAGAAAUGGAAAGAUAAUGAAGUGAAUGUGUCUGUUUUUGGAAGUUUACGUACGCAACUUUUCCUGCCCACAUCGGAUAUCGACGUUUUAGUCGAGUGUAAUGAAUGGGGUAAUGAUCUUGCUGGUGUUCUUCAGGCUACAGCUGAAGCUUUGAAAGCUUCUGGUAUGGCCGAAACCAUCAGUGUGUAUGGAGAAGCCUUUGUGCCCAUCGUUAAGAUGGUUGACAAGGAUACCAGAUUAUCCAUAGACAUUUCUUUCAAUACUGUUCAAGGUGUUAAAGCUGCCGAUUAUAUCGAAAGGGUAAAACAUGAGUUUCCUGUUGUAGAACCUCUUGUGUUAAUACUUAAGCAAUUUCUAAUUCAACGGAAUCUAAAUCAAACAUACACAGGAGGAUUGUCUUCUUAUGGCCUCAUUCUUAUGCUUAUUAGCUUCUUACAAAUUUACGGGAUGCCCGUGCGAACCAAAUCAAUGUAUAGUCCGGGUGUUAAUUUAGGCGAAUUACUUAUGAGAUUUUUCGAGGUCUAUGCUCAAGAGUUUAAUUAUCUAGAAGUAGGAAUUUCUGUUCAUAAAUGUUGUUAUAAGAAGAAGUGCAAUAAGCCAGGAGAUAUGGAUGCUGUUCUCUCUCUUGAGGAUCCUUUGUUACCGACCAAUGAGGUUGGACGAUCCACAUUUAACUUUGUAGGAAUCCAGACGGCUUUUGCUCAAGCUCUUCAGGUGCUGAAAGGAGUUUUCGUCCAUGAUCGACGAAAAAACCGCUUAUUCAAUUCGAAGCUUUAUGGAGGAAGUAUGCUAUCUUUGAUUAUGCCGCUAACUCCACAACAGAUUCAGUAUCGAAACUGGCUCAAGGUGAGCGCUGAGAGUUUUUCUAUGACAUAUCCAGGAGAACCAGUUCGAGCUAGUCAACUAAUCACCAACACCUUUUUAGCUCCGGUUGUCAAUCUGGAUACCUUAGACUGGCAUACGAUUGCUUUUGCUGCUCCCAAACAUUCUAAACGCUUAACAAUUUCACCUCCAGAAGAAAAGAAUGCUGCCAAAUCGGAUGAAGAGGCACAUGACCGGAGAGAUAAGAACAGGAACAAGUGGUAUCCACAAAGUGAUUCUCAAUCAGAUUCCCAUAGCCCGAAUGAGAAUAACAACCGGAAUAAGCCGAACGAAUUUUAUAAUGAUCUCAAUAAUGUCAGAAAUUCAAUGAACUAUAUGAAGGUUGAUGACCAACAGUCGAAUGAUCGAAUUUCUCGCGAAGCUCAUCUUUACCCUCCUAAUGACAACUAUGAACAGAAAUCUCAAUCUCAGAAGCCAAUUUAUAUGAAUAAUAGAAAUGGCUACCAUAGCAGGCCCCGCAACGAUCAGAACCAGAAAUAUAAGAAAAUGAAGAAAGGCAUGGAUCGACGCGGGAAGAACUCUGAGGGCAGAGUAGAGAAUCAUCAAGUGAUGGCUGAGUCAACGCCUUUUGCAGCGGCAAACUGUGCAGCCGCUGCAGUCACACUAACCGAGUGUAUGCGCUCAUCUGACGAUGGCGAAAAUAGCGAACAGGGUUCAGUUAAGAGCGUUUGUAUAUAG